GUUGCAGAGGGCACAUCACCCCGCCUUCCACUCUUUGGGGGCAUGUGUUGGGACGUGCGCGUGGUGGCUGCCGUCAACCCGAGGCUGGUGGUGACGCCCGAGGACUCCGGCGGCCGCAGAUACGCCCACAGGCCUCACGCCCACCAAGAAGACCAUAUAGAGGGCCACUUUGGUGGGUGGGCGGGGGCGGCGGGCUGUGGCACUGGCGGCGGUGGCGGCAACGGCGGUAGUAGCGGCCCCGGCCACAGAUGCUCCCACUGCGGCCGGGAAUUUCGGUCCCGCAGUAACCUGAGUCGCCAUGUCCGUGACCACCACACCGCCCACGACCCUAGCGCCGCACUCUGUCCUGUCUGCGGCAAGAAUUGCCGCAACCGCUCCAAUGUCCUCACGCACAUGUACCGCGUACACCAUGUCACCGCCCGGCAGCUCGACGCCUUCGCUCACCCGCUCAGCCUCCCUGCCGCCGCCGCUGCCGCCACCCGAUCCGACGUCCCCGCGGACCACCACCAGCACCUCGACCCUUCGGCCGCCCCGUCGACUCAGCCGCUCGCCGACGGGAACACGUCCUCCCACGCCCAAAGCCUGCGGGAUUACGCCCAGUUCGGAUAUGCGUCCCAGGAGUCGCAGCCUCACGCCCACAACAACACGUAGCUGCCCUUGAAGCCAAGCGAGGCGUCGUGGCGAGGCGGUAGCGGUGGGCGCAGAGGCGUGGAAGCCCGAGCGAGGGCGGGAGAGGAGAGAUGAGCGGGGGAAAUCUCAGAUGACUAUUUUUUAUUAUAAAAGAGAGAGAAUGAUACAAAGUACUGUAUUUUGUGGUAUAUACAGAGAGCGAGAGAGAGAGAAAGAGAGAGAGAGAGAGAGAGCCUAUGGCAAGUCAUAUUAUACUUUGCAUUGUAGGUCAUGUAAACUAUACCUUAUGUGUCAAGUAAU